AUGGGCGCUGCGGAUUCGCCUGACUUACUGCGUGUCCUGGUAGUUGGGCAUACGGGAGUUGGGAAAACGUUGUUUCUUCAGCGGCUGCACCGAUCCACGGUAGAGAGGAGAGAAGGUCCUCUGCGUGCACGGGGGCAUACCGUUGGCUUCAACGUGGAGGUGAUCAGCACACACCGGGAAAAUAAAUUCGGUUCCUCGACCCACGUAAGCGACAAUGAGCGCCACAUUGCGUUCGUGGAAGUUGGAGGCAACCGUAAUUUUGGUCGCAGCGGCCAUUUCCCCCUUAGUUUAAUGACUUUCCACGGCGUGAUAUUUGUAUAUGACCACCACAAUAUUGAGAGUGCAACGGAUUUGAUGUACUGGUACGAGUACCUGAAGGGCUACGGUGCCGUAGGGAGUGGCGGCACUGCAAGGGUAAUGUUAGUCGAGACAACACAUAUUCCUUUGACAGACGACCCGUCCUCCGCGGCCCGGGUGCUUCCAGACGAACUUCUGGGGAGCUACUUGCAAGAAAGUAUCAAGAAGGCUCCCACAUUUCGUGAAAAGAUGUGCCACACCGUGCGGUCCCUGUUUAGACGUUGCGCGAGCGUGAGUCGACUUUCCGUCACGGACUUUCAACCCCAGUAUCUUCGCUUUCUCCCCCGUGUUGCUGUGUUUCUGCAUCAGCUAAUGUCCAUUGUGGAGAAUUUGCUGCUCUUUAUUAUGGCCGUUACACUUUUCGGCCCAGGGCAAAAGUCUGUUUCCUUUUGCCCUCCGUCAGUGUCCGCCGCACUACGAACGAUUGAAGAUGAUGCGAGCGGCACCCGGACGCUGAAGCAGUGUCCCUUGUACGAUCAGGGGUUGUUUGAGGCAACGGCGCUUGAGGAGGUGUUAAGUUUCUUGGGCUCGCUGAGGUCCGCGUAA